CUCCCAGAUGCGCGAGUAGGCGCGUAGGGCGGUGCAGUCUGUGCUCUGUGCGCCUGGGAGGAACGAGCGUGGAGCCAGGCCAGUCCCACGGGGAGAGCAAGUGCCGGGUGCAGCCGCUUCCAUCGCUGCCUCCACCUCCACCUCCACCGCCACUGCCUGGAGCAGGGACGCGGAGUCCGUAGCGCAGGCGAAGCAUCGGUCACCGCCGUCUUCAACCCCCAACGCUGGGGGUUGGAGGGCAGCCGAACCCAUGGCUGACUUCCCAUCCAAAGUCAGCACCCAGACCAGCACCCCGGUGCAGGGUGGCGCCCGUUCCUCGCUGCCGGGACUCGGGGCUCUGCGGCCAGACCUCGGCUUCCUCCGCUCUGUAGUGGGCGCCCUGAUGGUCCUUGAGAUCGUGGUGGGUUUGCUGACUUGGGCCCUGAUCGCAGACACUCCUUAUCACUACUACUCAAUCUAUGGUUGGGUGAUGUUUGUAGCAGUCUUCCUCUGGCUGAUGACAAUCAUCUUCUUCAUCAUCUACCUGUGGCAACUAAACACGAAAUUCUACAUGAUACCCUGGCCUUUGGUGCUAAUGAUAUUUAAUAUAAGUGCCACGAUUCUCUACAUUACUGGAUUCAUCACCUGUGCGGUUGCAGUUGAACAAACAUCAAUAACUGGUUCCUAUAUAUAUGACAAAAGGGCUGCUGCUUCUUUCUUUGCAUGUGUAGUGAUGAUCGCCUAUGGGGUGAGUGCUUUCUUCAGCUUCCGAGCCUGGAAGGGAAUGGGCAGCAAUGCAGCUACUAGUCAGAUGGCUGGUGGCUAUUCCUAAAUCCAGCAAUGCCCAUGGACCACCUUGGUACUGAAGUCUACGUGCCAUCGUGUAGGAGCCUGGAUACCACUGGUCAUCACAAGGAGGCUAUAACCAGCAGAAAACCGGCCCAGCUGUGACCAAAUUUGCUAUCCUCUGCUGAUGGAAUUUGUGCUCUCACUCCACUCCUAAUGGAACACAAUCCACCACGCUGGAUUGGCAUAAACUGGCAUUUGUGAGCAGGGGCAGGGAAAGGGUCAAGGAUGUUAAAUGACCUCACCAACCUUCAGGAAGGCCACCUCUCAGGGAGUGGGGUUGUGGCCACCCCUGCUUUGAACUCGUAAGGCUUCAGUUUCCAGGGCCAGGAAUUCAACCCCUUUUGCCAGCAUUAAAUCUGCUAACAUAUAACACCUCAAACCUUGUGACCCUAUCAUGUAUAUAGUGUAAAGGUAACCAUGGUAAUGGGUAGUAGCCUCACUGUUUUAUGAAAAGACUUCAGCUACUCAAGGUAGCUAUUGGAAUUUCUCAAAUUUGUACCCAAAAGCUGGUCUCACCUCAAACAAAAAGCCCAAGUUAUAUGGAGAGUAUCUAGCAAUGCAAACUAUUCUAUUUCAAUGGGAAAAGGAACAGAUUGUUCACUUUCUUCCAUGGCUAGUUAUGGGACCAAGGCAAGGAAAGGCCUAUGAGAUAUUAAAAAAUAAACCUCAUUAAUAGGCUACUAAAAUAAGACCGUGCUUAGGUACUAGGUUAAGAUCUCACUAAUAUAUAGGGGGCAUCUCCAUGAGCAUUUGCACAUUUUAGAAGCUUGUAUUUAAUGGAAACCCUAGUUUUUACCUGCUUCUCAAAGAUACUUGCUGUCCAGUUCUUUCUCUAUACUUUAAAACAUCAUUUUCACCUACAUAUCCUCUUGGAAAAAGCUAAGUACCAAGGCUGAUUUCCUUCCUGAUACCACUGACUGAGCCCAAAGGCUAUGGAUUUGGUGGUUGGUGGCUCACAAACUUGCCUGAUUAUUGGAUAAUAAUGAAUUUGUUCUUUGUACAUAAAUAAAUAAAGACCAUGGAAACAUUUGUUUGGAA